GCGGCGCGGGUGCAUUGCCGCCGCCGCGGGCGGGCUGGCUGGCUGGCAGGCGGCGGGCCCGCAGUGGCGCGGCGUCCGAGCUGUGCGACCCGGGGGAUGGCCAUGGCCGCCUCUCCGGGCACCGCGGGCGUCGGCGGCGCCGGGGCAAUGCCAGGCUCCGGCCCGUCCAGCUUCGGCUUCGACUCGGGGCUCGAGAUCAAAACGCGCUCGGUGGAGCAGACGCUGCUCCCGCUGGUCUCCCAGAUUACCACGCUUAUUAAUCACAAAGAUAAUACCAAAAAGUCUGAUAAAACCCUGCAAGCAAUCCAGCGUGUAGGACAAGCCGUCAACUUGGCAGUUGGAAGAUUUGUUAAAGUAGGGGAAGCUAUAGCCAAUGAAAACUGGGAUUUGAAAGAAGAAAUAACUAUUGCCUGUAUUGAAGCUAAACAAGCAGGAGAAACGAUUGCAGCACUUACAGAUGUAAGCACCCCGCGUCACCCCGAAUCUGGUGGCCAGAUCACCAUUUUUACAGACAAAACGGGAGUUAUAAAGGCUGCGAGAUUACUCCUUUCUUCAGUGACAAAAGUGUUGCUGCUGGCAGACCGGGUGGUCAUUAAGCAGAUAAUAACUUCGAGAAAUAAGGUUCUUGCAACUAUGGAGAGACUGGAGAAAGUGAAUAGCUUUCAAGAGUUCGUCCAGAUAUUCAGUCAGUUUGGAAAUGAAAUGGUGGAGUUUGCACAUCUGACUGGAGAUAGACAAAAUGAUCUGAAAGAUGAAAAGAAAAAGGCAAAAAUGGCAGCAGCGAGGGCAGUUCUUGAAAAGUGUACGAUGAUGCUUCUCACAGCUUCAAAGACAUGUCUCAGGCAUCCCAACUGUGAAUCGGCCCAUAAAAACAAAGAAGGGGUAUUCGACCGAAUGAAAGUGGCCCUGGAUAAGGUCAUUGAAAUUGUGACUGACUGCAAGCCCAACGGAGAGACUGACGUUGCAGCCAUCAGUAUUUUUACCGGAAUUAAAGAAUUCAAGAUGAAUAUAGAAGCUCUCCGGGAGAACCUUUAUUUUCAGUCGAAGGAGAAUCUCUCCGCGACGUUGGAAGCCAUCCUGGAGCGCACGGAGGACUUCACCGAUUCCGCCUACACCAGCCACGAGCACCGGGAGCGCAUCCUGGACCUGUCGGCCCACGCGCGGGCGGAGCUCCAGCAGCUCGCCUCCGUGUGGAUGCACGCUCAAAGCAAGAGAACAAAAAGCAUCGCUGAAGAGCUGGAACUCAGUAUAUUGAAAAUCAGUCAUGGCCUCAAUGAACUUAAGAAAGAACUUCACAGCACAGCAACGCAGCUGGCAGCGGAUCUGUUAAAAUACCAUGCCGACCACGUGGUUCUGAAAGCGUUAAAACUUACGGGAGUGGAAGGCAAUUUAGAAGGGUUGGCUGAGUAUGCCUGUAAAUUCUCAGAACAGAAAGAGCAGCUUGUCGAGACCUGCCGGUUGUUGCGCCAUGUAUCUGGGACAGAGCCUCUCGAAAUAACCUGCGUCCAUGCAGAAGAGACAUUUCAGGUGACUGGCCAGCAGAUAAUUUCUGCUGCUGAAACAUUGACAUUGCAUCCAACUAGUAAAAUUGCUAAAGAAAACCUAGAUGUAUUUUGUGAAGCAUGGGAAUCCCAAAUUAGUGACAUGUCAACGUUGCUAAGAGAAAUCAAUGAUGUGUUUGAAGGGAAACGAGGAGAGAAGUAUGGCUACCUUUCACUUCCCAAGCCCCUGAAGAAUAAUGGAAACCUGAAAUCAUUAAAGCCAGAGAAGUCUGACUCUGAGGAGAAAGCCAAGAUUGCAAAGCUUGGACUUAAGCUGGGUUUGCUCACCUCCGAUGCCAACUGCGAGAUUGAGAAGUGGGAGAAUCAGGAGAAUGAGAUUGUUCGAUAUGGGCGGAACAUGUCCAAGAUGGCCUAUUCUGUAUAUUUAUUUACUAGGGGAGAGGGGCCACUGAAAACUUCCCAGGAUUUAAUUCAUCAAUUAGAGGUUUUCGCUGAAGAGGGCUUAAAGGUUGCUUCAAGUGCACAAGCUUUCUCAAAACAGCUGAAAGAUGACGACAAGCUUAUGCUUCUCCUGGAAAUAAACAAGCUAAUCCCUCUCUGCCACCAGCUCCAGACAAUAACCAAGACACCUGUGCAGAAUCAAGGGCUUCUAAAGGUUGAUAAAUGUAUUACAAAGACAAGAUCGAUGAUGGCUAUUUUGGUUCAGCUUCUCUCACUUUGCUUUAAACUACUGAAGAAGCUUCAGAUGGAAAACAACAGAUGGGUCUCAGUCACGAAUAAAGAUUCCGUGGAUGGUAAAACUUGAGAAGUUUUUGAGGACAGAUCUCGGGAACACCAUAUGGCAAAGCUGACAUUUUUAAAGCAAAUGAUCUUUUAUAUUUUUUGGAGUUCAGUCACUUUAUAAAGAAAAUAACACUGAAGUUCUGCUUUAUUUUUUGAUCAUGACACCGAUCGUGGCUUUUUGACAAUGAAGUGCUGUGGUAGUUGCUAGACCUCUAAUAGCAGUGUGAUUUUAAAAUGAGACAUUGCCACCAAUAUUCUUUAAAAAUCAAGCCAAAUAUCCCAGCUGUCUUAAUGACGGUUUAAUCCAAAGAAUCUAUUUUGAUUAUGUGCUUACCUUUGGCAUAUUUUAACUUUGUUUUCCGUUUUUUAUUUAAGCUUAUCAUCUAGAACACUAAUUUAAGCUGGAAAUACACAGUAGUCUGGUUGGAAGCAGUUUUCUUAAGCCUGUGGACUCUUCUUCAAUCCCUCUAAGUGUGAGUGGGCCUCUUGGCCACCCGCUGUCACAGACCAUCCAUGCGAGGAGCGCACUUUUGUUCUCUAACAAGCUUUUCACAGGCCAAGGCCAUCUGUUGUGAUGCAUAGCCCUUCCACCCGCAAAGCUGGGUCAUGGAGCUCAGGCCCCGGAAUCCUGGAGGAACUCACAGGAGAUGGCUUUUAGUUCUAGUUGUAGCCGAGCAGCCCGUCUACCCCGAACACUAGCUGGAAUCCUGAACCUAUUGUGCUGGCUUUAAAAAAGUAGUUUUUAAACUGUCUUCAGUAGUGACUGAUGGAAUGGAAGAUAUAAGAGAAUGAUAGAACUAAGAAGCGAUUUAAAAUAAAUUCUGAACCAUACAUUUUAUAUAAGUGCUCUUGGAAUGUUCAUUGUAAAACAAAUAAACAUCUUUAUUCUUUUUAA